AUGGCACUACACGUGGCGAUGGCCCCCAUGAGCCCGGACGGCUUCGCGGCCCAGCGGGGCUAUGAAGCAGCUCGGAUGCCCGGGUAUUUCUGCUCCAAGUCUGCAGCGAUUCGCCCAUCGGCGAGCUGCAAGUCGAUGCCGAUGGAGCCCGUGACCAUCCCAAUGGAGCCGAGGCUACAAGCCGUCCAUGUGCCAGCGCCUCCCUGGACCCUCCAAGCACCUGCGCCCGUUCGCUGGUCCGAGCCGCCCCGACAUGCGAGCCCCAGCCCCGCGCUCCAGAGCCCCGUGCGCCCCAGCUUGGCGCCCUCGCGUGCGCGGCUGCGUGCAGAGCUCACGGAGCCCGCGGAGCCCGCGGAGCCCGCGGAGCCGCGUCCAGCGACCCCUUCCUCUCUCUGGCCCGCAGGGGGCGGAAGGAUACGGCUGCCGUGCAAGACUGUUCAAUUCCAAAGCCUUGGAGGCAAAGUCCUCACCAGAGCGACCCAAAGUAGAAGUUCCGGAGGCCAGGAGCGGACACCGGAAGGUGUCAAGACCAGGCGUCCUCCGCAACGGCCCGUCAAGGCUCGCCACGAACUUCGACAGCACGUAUAA